CGGAGAUCUUCAACGAACUCGACACCUAUCAACACCCUGGCCCUACUUAUCACACGGUCCUCGCUCUUCAUCGUCGCUUCGGUGUGGCCUUUGUGCUCCCGCCAUGGAGUCGUCAGAAGAGGAGCUGCAGGCCCUUUUGAGCCGCUUGCGCUUGGAGAGGUUCGCAGAGGAGGUCAAGACCUUGGGCGUGGAGAGCAGAGCAGACUUGGCCUACGUGGAGGAUGCAGAUCUGGAGAAGCUGGGAUUGCCUCUGGUGCCUCGAAGAAAGCUCUUAGAGGCAGCAGGCGGACAGUGGCGCAAGGCCCCGGCACCGGCCGCGGCCACCGCGCCCUCGCUUCCUUCGUCGCCCGCGACCGCACCGGCGCUGCCACCGGCGCCAGCGGCAGAGCCGGAGGAUGUGAAUGUGCCGACUCGAGAUGAAGAGGAACCGGAAGGAGAGGAGCUGACCGGGCUUGCGAAGGAGGAGAUGGAGCAGCUGCUCAGAGACCUCAGGAAUAUCCGCGAAGACUUCGCCACGGUGAACUGCUUGGACCUCUCGUCACGAAGCCGCUUGGGCAACCUCCCAGCGCGAGUGGCCCUGCGCACCAUGGGACUGCUUGGCACUGGUAACAGCUUCUUCAUGGAAGGCAUCAAGAAGCCGGCUGCAGCCUUACGCGCACGGAGUGAGAAUGCCAAGAUCAAGGGCAUGGAGCCGUACCAGGAUUGGGUGAAGUUGUUGGAGGGCUUCGUGGCCGCCAACAAGCUGUCCGACCGUACCAAGGAAGCCUUGGAGAGACUCUCACGGCACCAGGCCCUGAAGGUCAUGGGCUUCACCAGCGAACUUCGCUUCUUGGCCGGUCCCGUCUACCGUGGCGAAGCAGAGCUCGAGGUGCGCACGCGACUGUGGGCCGUGCAAUCCGACGUCCCCAUGGUGCCAGUGCUGCCCCGCGGGAAAGGUGAUGAGGCGAAGAGCCGAAGCCCACGGCGUGCCACGAGGGUCAUUGCUGCUCCCAGCUCGGUGCUGGAUGAGUUUCCGCACUGGAAGAAGCAUGUGGAGGCAUUCAUUGAGGCAAAUAACGUGGAUGACCGCGCCGCAGAACUCUUGCGUGACGCUACACCGAUGGCGGCGCUCCACACGAUUGGCCUUCUGGGCGUGGACAACACCUUCCUGUUGCGAGGCGUCCGACAGCCGGGUGCUGUAGUGGCCAACCGCCUGAGGAAGGUUCCACCAGGCGGUGGCGCGCGUGAAGCCUUUGCUCAACUGAACAAGCUGAUGGAGGACUUCAUCACUGUGAACCGCCUCGGGGCUGAGGCCUGCGAACGCUUCCGAGGCCUACCACGUGAGCAAGCUCUUCGGGUCAUGGGCUUCAGCUCCCAGGCGACAGACUGGUCACGCACGGACAGACAGGGCGAACCGACUGGUCGAUUUGGCGAACCGACUGGUGCGACGAGUUCGUAGGGAAGCUGGGAAGCUUCGCCCCCAAGAGAGAUUCCAAACUCGAUCCAGCCACCCUGAUUCCCUAUGAGCUAAGUGGCACAGUAGAGUAAAAGUGAAAAGGAAGCAAAAGUCUGGUGGCCAAACUUGGGACAAGAAGUGUUUCUGCUCUUCAAUCGAAAAGUCCAACUUCGCCUACCUGGUCGAGGAGCUCAUGAGCAGAAUGUCUCAUUGGAUGAUGGAAUCUUUGUAAAACUGGUCAAUGAAGAAGCAGGAAGUCGCCUUAGGUCAGCCCUUGACCUGGUGUUUGAUGAAGCUUUGUUUAUUGCUCUGUGUUUCUACGGGUUGUGAGCAAGAUUUAUAAGGAUUUUAAGCAUGCAGCUGCCGCUCCAUGCUUCUCCACCGACCUGCGUUUCUCUAUUUUGUGGUGGCCAAGGACUGCAAUGUUGUAGCAGUAGUCAUGGAUAGUGUUUUGUAGUACGUUUAGAACCAGUCAAGGGAUGGGACUUGGUUGGGGAUGCCCUUGGCUGUUGUGGCAAUUUGGUUGUAUCCAAGUUUCAAUUCCUUGGACCCGGGUGCCUUAUUCGGACAUAUUUGCAGACCAACUGGCGAUGAUCAUGGUUGACAAAGAAACCAACUUAUAUAAUAAAUUGUGUCCAAGAAAACGGCAGACGAAGCUUAUCCAUCCCAUCCUUUUGCUGGCGUUCAGCCUGGCCAGCUGUCCAAAGCCCCUAACCUAUGACGUCAUUACCAAGCAAAUGCUGGCAGUGC